GCUGGCCGAGCCCCGCAGGCGAACGCUGCCCGUCGGAGAGUGACGGCCCCCGGGCCGGGCCAGGACGCGCGUCCCGCUUGCAUGGCUGGCGUGCGCUCCGCGCGGAGGGACUUUGGCAGCGCGGCGCCCGUGGCCUCGCCGAAGAAACUUUUCUCCCUGGCGAUCCCGUCGGGGGACCUGUGAAGCGGAGCCAGCGCCUGGCGAGCAUGAGCCGGGAGAGAGCCGCCCCGGAGCCGCCUUGCCAUGGAGUUUCGCCUCUUGGGUUGGUUGCGUCCCUCCGGGUUUUACCCGCCUUAAGGCGCCCGGCCGGCCGGGGAACAGAAGCGCCCAGGUGCGCCUUUAGCCGGCGCUGAAGGACUUUGGGGUGACUGGCUUGGCGGGGCUCGGAGCGGACUGCGAGGGGGCGCCUCGUAUCAUGUGCGCCUUGGGCGACGCUGCUGCUGCUGCUGCUGCUACGGGGACCCCCCGGCUCUCCUUCCCGGGACUCGGUCCGAAGAGCUAAACCCAGCGCGCUCCCCCCACCCCCCCCCCGGGGAGGCAGCGCCGCCUUCCCCAUGGCCGGCCUCCGCGACGCGUGGCUGAGCCUCUUGCUGCUGCUGCUGCUGCGUCCCGCUCCGUCGGCGGCCGCCUCCAAGGCCAUCGUGUGCCAGGAGAUCACGGUGCCCAUGUGCAAAGGCAUCGGCUACAACCUGACCUACAUGCCCAACCAGUUCAACCACGACACGCAGGACGAGGCCGGGCUGGAGGUGCACCAGUUCUGGCCCCUGGUGGAGAUCCAGUGCUCUCCGGACCUCAAGUUCUUCCUGUGCAGCAUGUACACGCCCAUCUGCCUGCUGGACUACGCCAAGCCGCUGCCUCCCUGCCGCUCGGUCUGCGAGAGAGCCAAGGCGGGCUGCUCUCCCCUGAUGCGCCAGUACGGCUUCGCCUGGCCCGAGAGGAUGAACUGCGACAAGCUGCCCGUCCUGGGGGACGCCGAGAUGCUGUGCAUGGAUUACAACCGCACCGAGGCCGCCACCACCUUGGCCCCCUUCCUCACCAAGCCCACCCGCCCCUCCAAAGGUGCCCACAGGAACCUGAGCCCGCUAAACGGGGCCGGCUGCAAGCGGGUGUGCGAGUGCCGGGAGCCCCUGGUCUUCAUCUCCGAAGAGUCCCACCCGCUCUACAACAAGAUUGAGACGGGCCACGUCCGCAACUGCGCCGUCCCUUGCUUCCAGCCCUACUUCACCCAGGACGAGAAGACCUUUGCCACCUUUUGGAUAGGCCUGUGGUCUGUCCUCUGCUUUAUCUCCACCUUCACCACCGUGGCCACCUUCUUGAUCGACAUGGAGAGAUUCAAGUACCCGGAGCGCCCCAUCAUCUUCUUGUCGGCCUGUUAUCUCUUCGUCUCCAUCGGCUACAUCAUCCGGCUGGUGGUGGGCCACGCCAGCGUGGCUUGCAAUAAAGAUUACAACCACAUACACUACGAGACCACCGGCCCUGCCCUCUGCACGGUGGUCUUCCUCCUGAUCUACUUCUUUGGCAUGGCCAGCUCCAUCUGGUGGGUCAUCUUGUCCCUCACCUGGUUCUUGGCUGCCGGGAUGAAAUGGGGCAACGAAGCCAUCGCUAGCUACUCCCAGUAUUUCCACAUGGCCGCCUGGCUCGUCCCCAGCGUCAAGUCCAUCGCGGUGCUGGCCCUGAGCUCGGUGGAUGGCGACCCGGUGGCCGGCAUCUGCUAUGUGGGCAACCAGAACCUAGACAAGCUGCGGGGUUUCGUCCUGGCUCCCUUGGUGGUGUACCUGUUCACAGGGACCAUGUUUCUGCUGGCCGGUUUUGUGUCCCUCUUCAGGAUCCGGAGUGUGAUUAAGCAAGGGGGCACCAAAACGGACAAGCUGGAGAAGCUGAUGAUCCGGAUUGGCAUCUUCACGGUGCUCUACACGGUCCCGGCCACCAUAGUGGUGGCCUGCUACAUUUAUGAGCAGCACUACCGGGAAAGGUGGGAGACGGCGCAAAACUGCUCUUGCCCUGGGGAGAAGCCCAAGGUCAAGCCCGACUACGCUGUCUUUAUGCUGAAGUACUUCAUGUGCCUGGUGGUGGGCAUCACCUCGGGGGUCUGGAUUUGGUCGGGGAAGACCCUCGAGUCUUGGAGGCGCUUCACUAGCAGGUGCUGCCGGAGUGGGAAGCCUGGGAGCACUGGCAUGUACAGCGAAGCGAGCGCAGCUCUGACGGCCAGGAGUGGCCUCCCCAACCCUGCUCCUUACCACAAACAAGUCCCACUGUCCCACGUCUGAAAAAAAGGGAGGGGGAGCAAAAAAACCCCCAAAGCACCUUACUUGGUCGUAGUUGGGAGCAGGUAAGCACAGUGUGACUUGAGCUCCCAACUGCAAAAAUGGUUUUGAAAUAACCCCUGGAGCUUUGCUUUUAACCUGUCAUUUGGUCUGCCUGUUGUGAAACGCUUUGCUCCAUCUUCUGAUGGAGACACAAAAGAGGGGCUAGUUCAUGGGGGCGGGGGGGGGGAAUGGACACAUUGCUUUGCCCAUAUUGCAAGAUUGUAGGGUUUACUAAGAGCACGCUACCGCCUUGGGAAUGCAUAUUGUCCUUCCUGGGGAAGUGUGGAAGGAGCAAGCGAAGAUCUAACUCUGACUUUACAUGGGGUAUGUGUGAAUUAGUUUCCAGGUAUAAUGAAAAAGCAGUCUUGGAGGAUGCAGUUCUGAAGGGCAGGGGCUGCUUUAGCCUUUCUCUUCCUGCUGUUUUCUGCUCAGUAUGAGUCCCGCCUCCCCCCCAUCCCAAUCAAUUUCCUCGCACCAUUGGGAAAGCAGCUGAGGAGGAGCAAAAGGCAGGAAAAGGAACAUUGACUGUUCUUUGGCUUCUGCAUUCCUAUUCAGGAUAGUUAAAUCCUAUACAUGUUUACUUGGAAGCAAGUCCCAUUGAGGUCGGGGUGUGUGUGUGCUUAAGAGCAUAAGAACAGCACUGCUGAAUCAGGCCAAAGGCACCUGCAGUCUAGCACCAGCUCUCACAGUGGCCAAGCAGACGCCAGAGUGCAGCCAGAACAGCCCCAGCCCCGUGCGAUUCCCAGCAACUAGUUUUCAGAGACAUCCUUUGAGGGCAACUUACACUCCAUCCAAGUGUCUCCUGUAUUCUGUGUCUCCCACACAAUCUAGUUUGGUCCUUAGGACACUAAUUUAAUUGGUGAAAUGAUAAAUUUAGAGUCCUUUCCACUAGGUUGGGGUGGGCAGCUGCAGUCAGGCAAAUGUUAAGUUUCCUGGUAGCGGAACUUUCUCACGCUACGCUGUCUGUUUCAACAAAACGUGCUACUGAAGUUUUCGGAUAUAAAGGAGUAUCAAUUUGGAGGGAGGCUCUGCUUUCAAAAUGGGUGAGUUGUGGAGCUGAGAUUGAGCAGAGUCUGGUUUCAGGUUUACUUUUGGAUGGCGUAAGUCCACCAUCAUCAGUUUUUACGCAUGCCUUUGCCAGGCGGACUCAUAAAGCCAUUGGUGUGAGUAUUAGUUUCUCUUCAGCAUUCAAAAUGAAAGUAGGAAGGGCUGCAUGAAUUCAGAUGCAGACCAGAAGUGCUUGUUAAGCGCUGUACAUGAUUUCACCUCCUUUGCAAAUGAGGACUGUGCAUUUCUUACUGUGUUUUCACUCUAAGUGCUUGGGGGCUGCAAGCCUGUGCAUGUUUACUCAGAACUAAGUCCCAUUGGACUCAAUGGGGCUUGCACCCAGGAAAGUAGUUUCAGCCCCAUAGUCAUUUUCAAAGAUGUCAGUCUCUCUGUCUCUCCUAUUCCAGUUCCACCUGCCCUGGUGGGGUGAUAGAUAACAGCAACAAGUUUUCUUAAGAUUCAUUUCACCGCAAAUAUUCUUUUGACUCGAGGGACUGAAAAAUCAGUUGACACAAGGUAUGAAGAAUUACUCAAGAGGUAAAGCUAUAAAGAACCACAAAGAAUCGAUUUAUGGCUUGGCACACUAGCAGUCUGAUCCUCUGCAAGUUUGUUCAGCAGUAUGUCUUCUUGAGUGUAAGGGGACUUACCUGAAAAGGUACUGGACAUGUUUUGAUUCCCUACUCUCUCUCCCCCCCCAUCUACUGAAACAAUGGUUCUUGGAUAACAGGUUUUUAACAUAUGGCUGCCCUGAGUGAGGCCGGUAUGUAUUUGUAAGGUAUUGUUAAUGCUAAUUCCCCCCGCCCCCCUUUAGAAAGUAGAGCUCUGCCCCUAGUGCAAUCCCCUUAAGACUGAAUGUGUUGUGUGUGUCCCCCCCCCCACAACAGCUGCAACUGUAGGGAACGACAAUCAACACCCCUCCUCUCUUUGCAGAAGGGGCCACCUCCAUUUCUAGCCUUUGAAGCAGUGGCAAAAGUCACCUUCUAAGGAAAGCUGUUCAGCUUUUAAACCUUAAAUGCUGAUACUUCUGUAUUAAUUAACCCGAAACAAUAUUAGAUAUGGCAGUAGAUCCCUAGCGCUGUGUGUGUGUGUGUGUGUGUGUGUGUGUGUUAGUUUCUGUCGAGGGAGCCAGUCCUCUUUCAGUGAAAAGUGUUAGCACUUCAGUUCUAUAUGGAAAAAACUUCAUUCUGGUAAUAAGAUUUUUUUGGGGGGGGGCAGGAUAUUGCAUUUGGAUCUGCUUUACAAAGAGUUUCUCCUGAACUCUGAUUUACUCGACUGCUCAGUUUGUGAAUGGGCAGCCUCGGGAGAAUCCAAACCUCUUUGGCCUCCAUACAAGGGUGGCAUUCAUACCACACAUUUAAAGCAGAUGGCUUUCCUCAACAACCCUGGGAACUGUAGCUUACACCCCAAAGAGCCACCAUUUUCAGCACCCUUAGCAAACUACAGUUCUCCGGGUUUAUUGGAGGCAGCCGUGUGCUUUUGAAGUGUGGUGUGGAUAUGACCACCUAGGUUUGUGGGGAGGCCAAUCCACCGCCCACCCAUUUAGCUAGAGCUUUGGCACUGAUCCUGCCCAUGCUACCACCCUAACCCA